AUGAUAUUUUGGGAUCAUUAAAUUUGCCAUUAGACAUAAAUGAUGAAAAGAGCUGCACUGAUUUUCUAGUCUAAUUAUUUAAUGUAUCAAUUAAGUGGCUAGCGGUAGCAAAAAGGACAGAUUUAACAGCGCUUUUUUCAAUUAUUUUUGAAAGAUGUUUAUAAUGUAAAGAUUUUUUAUAAGAUGAAUAGCCAUAAAUGGCAAAUGGCUCAAGUAUUUUUUUUAUUGAUUUAUCAUCUAUUAAGCAAAAUAAUGAAACGAGCUUAAUUAAAUCCUAAUCAAGAGAAUGGCCAUAAAUUAAGAUUAUAGCUUACACUAAUCUAAGUUGGAAUAGUAAUAUCUUUAUUGUGUCGCUUUAAGGAAUUAUUUCAAGUACUGAAGGGCAGAUUUCAAAUUAUUUUUUGA